AUGGACAGCUCCUUCAUUCCACCGCCAUUCCCGUUCCCAGAACUUUGGCCAAAGGUGUUUGCAGAGCAAGAGCAAUGUCAGGAGAGAAAAUGGCUAACGCCUACGACAUUCAUACCAUUGCAAUGGCAGACAAUGGCUACAUCUGAAUACAAUCAUGUAUUGGAUCAAGCGUCUCCUUUAGUCGUGACUAAAUGUAGUAGUGAUGCGCAGCAAGAUAUGAAUGGUGAUGAUGAAGAAUCUGAAGAUGAUGCGUACGAGUAUGGAUAUGUUCUAACCAAUGAAUGGCGAGAACAUUUUCAGUCGUCGAUUCUAUUAUCACAACAAGCCAAGAGCAAAACGAUGAAGAAGAUGAAGAAGAAGAAGAAGCUCAAGAACAAGAAGACUAGCCAGUCAAGUAAUGCUGGGGCCGUAGCUGCAUUCAGUGCCAGUCGAUCGGGUCAUUUACAACGUGAAAUUCAAGCUGCCAAGACCCGUGAACUUGCACGUCAAAGGAAACGGCGAGACAAUAUCGAUGCGUCAAGGACAAGUCCGGCGAAUCCAGAGAUUAUAGCGCUGGAGACAUCGCUCAAUCUGCUCUUUGAUGACUUUUGUGACGCAUUUCAACCGGUUUUGUGGCCGCAUGAAUGA